AUGGAGCCAGAAUUCAAAGUCAUCAUCGUUGGGGGAUCCAUUGCAGGCCUAACACUUGCUCAUUGCUUGGACCACUUAGGGGUCGAUUAUGUGGUUUUGGAGAAGCGAAAAGAGAUUGCACCUCAAGAGGGUGCCUCGGUUGUUCUCAUGCCUCAUGCUGGGCGGAUUCUGGAGCAACUGGGGUUAAUUGAUGAGAUUGGAAAGUUUAUCGAGCCUCUGCACACCGCUCAUGUUUCCUAUCCCGACGGCUUCAAGCACACCGACCGAUCACCACAGGUGCUCUUUGAACGUUUUGGUAUCCCUCUGGCUUUCCUAGAACGACGUAGGCUACUACAAAGUUUGUAUAGUUCUCUACGAGACCAGUCCCGCGUGUUAGUCGACAGGACUGUGGUAUCCGUGCAGCAGAAUGAGGGCGAUAUCAGCGUUGUUCGGGUAGAGGAUGGAUCAAUCUAUCGCGGUGACCUGGUUGUCGGAGCCGACGGGGUGCAUAGUCGAGUACGGCGUGAAAUGUGGCGCUUGGCGGAAUUCCACCAGCCUGUCGGGAUAACACAUCAAGAAAAGAAUGGCAUGAAGAUCGACUACGUUUGUGUAUUUGGUAUAUCGAAUGCAGUGCCAAACCUUCGCCCAGGGGAGCAGGUGACCGGAUUUCAGGAUGGAAGGUCUCUUCUCGUUUUCCCUGGACAGAACGGUCGGGUGUAUUGGUUUCUUUUCAAGAAACUUGACCGUCAAUAUGAAUACCGCUCGGCCCCUCAAUGGUCCAAGGGGGGUACCACAAAAAUAGCGGAGGAAUUCGCGCGGGACGACGUUUGGGCUGGUCUUCAAUUCCAGCAUAUAUGGAUGACCAGAGAAGUCGUUGGCAUAACCAAUUUAGAGGAGAACGUAUUUUCAACUUGGCACUCCGGCCGCAUGGUCUGCAUCGGUGACAGUAUGCACAAGUUCGCGCCCAAUACAGGACAAGGAGCAAAUAUUGCAAUCGAGGACGCUGCAAUUUCGACCCUCCUACCAUACGCUACAGUCAAUCUUACGUUCUUUUAG